AAAUACAAAAAUUUCGAUUUAUAAAUAAACAAAACCCCCAAAUUUUUAUUUCUUUGUUUCUGGAUUUAUUUCUUUCUGAACUAAUUUAAUUGUAGACCGAUCUUUCUCUAUUCAAUCUUCAACAUGUUUCUAACAAGGACAGAGUAUGAUAGAGGUGUUAACACUUUCUCUCCAGAAGGCAGAUUAUUUCAGGUUGAAUAUGCCAUUGAAGCCAUCAAGUUAGGUUCCACUGCCAUCGGUUUGAAGACCAAGGAAGGGGUUGUUCUUGCCGUUGAAAAGCGUAUCACCUCACCACUCUUGGAGCCUAGUAGUGUUGAAAAAAUUAUGGAAAUUGACGAGCAUAUUGGCUGUGCCAUGAGUGGAUUAAUUGCAGAUGCCCGAACACUUGUUGAGCAUGCGCGAGUUGAAACACAGAAUCAUAGGUUUUCCUACGGUGAACCAAUGACGGUAGAGUCCACUACCCAAGCCCUUUGUGAUUUGGCACUGCGAUUUGGUGAAGGAGAUGAAGAAUCUAUGUCUCGACCUUUUGGGGUAUCUCUUCUUAUUGCUGGCCAUGAUGAAAAUGGUCCCAGCCUAUACUAUACGGAUCCAUCAGGCACAUUCUGGCAGUGCAAUGGAAAAGCUAUAGGUUCAGGCUCGGAAGGUGCUGACAGCUCUCUGCAGGAGCAAUAUAAUAAGGACUUGACACUAAAAGAAGCUGAAACAAUCGCUCUUUCUAUCUUGAAACAAGUCAUGGAAGAAAAGGUUACUCCCAAUAAUGUGGAUAUUGCGAAGGUUGCUCCUACUUAUCACUUGUAUACCCCGGAGGAGGUUGAAGCUGUUAUCGGUCGACUAUGAAAUGGGGAUCCUAUUGACAAAUUGUAGACGGUUUCCAUUUGGUUUGGUUUUCAGCAUGUAUCUUGUACUAAGUUCCUAAGAUUCUAUUUUGUUUCCUUUCUGAGUACCGCAUUUGAACACUUUUUUAUGUCGGACCAAAUCAUGGAAUUAAAGAUUCAGACCUAGAACUUGUUGGAAAA